AUUUCCUCCCUCUUUUCCUGUCUCUGAUCUCACAUAUCCUUGUUGCUAUGUCUAUCUUCUGUUGAAAGGUGGAAGAAACAGGAGAAAGAGAAAAUCAAACUUGGGAUGAGCAUAAAAGCAAAACAAGAGAGAUGAAAUGGUGUAAUGAUUCCAACGACGAAAGAGCCGUCCAAGUAAUCCCAUCUUCUACAGAAAACAGUGGUGUUUUCCCAGACGGGGUUGAAGGUAGGACCACUGUAACAUGCCCCUCAUGUGGCAAUAGCUUGGAACUCCAAGAUCAGACUGGAAUUCAUGAUUUGCCGGGACUGCCUGCUGGAGUGAAGUUUGAUCCAUCUGACCAAGAAAUUCUUCAACAUUUAAAUGCAAAGGUGUUGUCUGAAACCCAUAGGCUUCAUCCACUAAUUGAUGAAUUCAUUCCCACUCUUGAGGGAGAGAAUGGAAUUUGCUACACUCAUCCAGAGAAGCUACCAGGAGUGAGGAAGGAUGGCCAAAUCCGCCACUUCUUUCAUCGACCUUCAAAGGCGUAUACAACGGGGACUCGAAAACGAAGAAAGGUGCAUGCAGGUGCCGAUGGUGGUGAGACAAGAUGGCACAAAACAGGCAAGACUAGGCCAGUUAUAAUAGGUGGGGUUGUGAAAGGGUAUAAAAAGAUACUAGUGCUCUACACAAACUAUGGUAGGCAAAAGAAGCCAGAAAAGACUAGUUGGGUCAUGCACCAGUAUCAUCUUGGAGAUAAUGAGGAUGAAAAAGAUGGAGAAUUAGUGCUUUCAAAAGUGUUUUUUCAAACACAGCCUAGACAAUGUGGUUCAAAUGUUAAAGAUUCAGCUGACAAAAAAUCAAAAACAAUAACCAGGGAUGCUAGUCAUAUGAUCAAGAACACUAACUUUGUUGAGUUCUAUAAUCCUCCGUUUCUCGGGUUUUCAGAUUCCACCAAUUUGGUUGUCCAUGGUGAUGGGUCCUCCUUUAUUCAUCUACCUACAAGUGCAAGCAAAGGAAAUUGAGGAAAUAGAACAUGGACAUGUUUGGUGGUAAUUUUUUUUCGAUGAACACACAGAGGGAUAUAUGCAUAUUUUUAACAUACUUGACAGUAUUGGUUGCUAUAGUUUCAUACUCAAAUAACUUAAUAUUGAGAUCAUAAUGAGGAAGGGGAAUAAAAAGAUUGGUUUCUUCUAACUGUAAAGCCAUCUUCUUUGUAGUUUUGGGUUAAAGAAAGUGAACAUAAAAAUGUUCUUCAAGGAUUUCUUGAAGAGAGCUCAUACUAAAGAGGUACUGCAUUGUAUUUAAUUACCUGUUUCUGUGGAAGAGUGAUUUGUAUUUAUGUUAAGAGAUG